GGAACGUCAGACGCGUUGACCAUGACGACAGUCGUCAGGAGAGCUCCGCGUUUGACAGAUGCCAGUUGACGGAAACCCGCUUCAUUUAAUGCCGGGGAGCGACGCAGGACAGCCGGGCUUUGCUUUCGGGAUUCUGUCGCAAAGCUAGGAGGACUCCGCUGCCUGAAAACAUGCCCGGCGAGAAGGCGACAGGUUCCUGUAACAAGUUCCAGCCGAACAUCUUUAAUAAAAGCAAAUGUCAGAACUGCUUCAAGUCCCGGGAAGUGCAUCUGUUGAAGGACAGCGACCUGGAGCAGGCGAAACCCGUCUACGCUGGCUGGCUGUGUCUGGCUCCUGUGGGGACAGAUUUUGACAACCCGAUGCAGAGAUCCAGGAAAUGGCAGCGGCGCUUCUUUAUCCUGUAUGAACGCGGCAGCCUAACCUAUGCACUGGAUGAACUGCCGAGCACUCUGCCACAGGGGACCGUGAACAUGAAUCUGUGCACAAACGUCACAGAUGCCGAGCCCAGGACAGGCCAGAGGAACGCCCUCUGCAUCGUCACCCCGGCACAGGAAAUCUUCAUCCGUGGAGAAAACAAAGAGAUCAUUAACGGGUGGUGUGAACAGCUCACACUUUAUCUGCGAACAAAUAAACAAAACCAGAAGAAAAAACGCAAAGUUGACCCUGUGACUAAUCAGGACCCCAGCCCAGCGAAGAUGGCAGCCACUGGUCAGAGCUGUCCUGCCUCGGAAGCCGGAUCUGCAGCAGAUUCCCACCACUGGCAGGAAGAGCUGCAUGCUGCAGGGCUAGAUGUAACCCCAGUCUGGACCGUCACCAACACGGAUCCCCCGGGCCCCGAGUGGAACCCUGAAGGCAACACAUCUUCCCACCUGUGCCCGACCUCCAGGGGCUCUCUGACCUCGAAUGGUGCUGGACGCUUAUUUAGCUCGGUCAGCUCCCCGGACUUAACGGCUGCUGGCCAUUACAACCAACUGACCGAGUCGAGCGAUGGCCAAACGUCAGCAAGCAGGCAUAACCAGAGACAGGACAGAAGGCUGGGUCGCUCAGCAGAGCAGCUGCUGGGGUCGGAGUCCACUAGGAGAGCACUGAGAGGUGGAGCAGCCGCCUCCAGGCAGGGCAGGCCCAAUGCUAGACCUACGGGUCGAGAGAAACUGCUGUCGACCGGAGACGGGAGCUUGCUUAAUGUUCCUCCUCCUCAGAGAAGAGCAAAGUCUCUGGACCGCCGGACAUCAGACACGGCCAUGACGCCAGAUUUACUGAACUUCAAGAAAGGCUGGAUGAUGAAGCUGGAUGACGACGAUGAUGAGUGGAAGAAAUACUGGUUUGUGCUGUCGACGGCCAGUCUGAGAUACUACAAGGACUCGGUAGCCGAGGAAUCUUCAGACCUUGUUGGAGAAAUCGACCUAACAAAGUGUUACAGUGUGUCUGAAUAUGAGGUCCAAAGAAACUACGGCUUCCAGAUCCACACCCAGAAGGCCACCUACACGCUGUCUGCCAUGACUGCAGGAAUACGCAGGAACUGGAUCCAAGCACUGAUGAAGAACGUGCAUCCAGCUAACGCUCCAGAUGUGGCCAAUUUACCUGGUCACCACAUCGCCCACAGCCCACCUGAGAUCAUCUCCAAACCAGACGUAACGCAGGACUCUGGUUCCACCGUUCCUGCAAUCAAAGACCAUCCCUCCAAGCCCAAGACUGUUAUGGAAAGAUGGCAUGAAGGUCACAGUAAAACCUUUGACUGGUCUGAGUUAAACUCUGAGAACCAGCUGACGGUGGACGUAGAUCGACUCGGGAACAGAGCUCGGUGCUUUUUGGAGCUGGGUGAUCUAGAGAGACGGAGGAGGCGGGAGGAGAGGAGGCGGAGGUACGAGAGCUUGCUGGGUUUCUCUCUGGGGAGAGCUGAGACAUGGAAAACUGAGGACGGGACAGUGCAAGCUCUGAGUCCAAAAUCUCAGCAAAGAACGGCAGAGAAGAUAGCAGAGUGCUGGAGGCAGGUGGAGAAGGCCACGUUGAGACCAGAGAGGAAGGUCGUGCUAUCUGCUGAGGUCAGAGAUACUCUGGAGGUGGAGAAGCUGCUGCAGGGCUGCAGGAAGGUGGUCGAUGAUCUGAAGGCCCAGCUGGCGGAUUCGGAGCGUCGCAGACUCCAACUGGAAGCUCAGCUCAGCGCUGAGCUGAGCUUCUGUCCGGAGCAGCAGGACCUUCCAAGUUUAUCUGAAGCAGCCUUCCACCCAGCAGAUGUGCAUUUAAAACCAGUGACAGACCUACAUGAUUCAGACGGAUUGCACUGGUCUGAAUCCGGUCUUGCAUCUGGCAUCUGGAUGCAUGAUACAGAUGGUGAUUCAGCAGAGCGAGAUGGUUUGCUUUUAGUUGCAACUGCGUCAGACGGCCAGUAUGAAGUAUCUCAGGUUGAUGGACGAGUGGUAGAACCAAGCUGUGAGUCCCAACACCAGAAAUGGCGGGACAGAGAAGGCUUCCAGCUGUUUCAUGCCUCAGAAACAGAUCUUUUGGUGCAGGAAAGGCCUGAAGGGAGAGAUGGCAUCCCUGAGAACCAUCUUGCUACGGAGCAGUCUUCACUAAAGAGGCUUUCCCAAGAGGUUGAGCUGCUCACCAGUCAGAACCAAGCUCUCAACCAACGCAACCAGGAGAUGCUAAACCAGCUGACUGAGGCGGACCGUGAAAUAGAGAGGCUGAAAGUAGAACUUGGCAAUAGAUACACCGAGCCUCGUCACCUUCUUGAGGUGGAACAACAAGAAACGAUGAAGCUAGAAGACUUGGAGGGCCAGCUGAGUCUGAGGAACCAGGAGCUCCUGGAGGCUCAGAUGUUGAUCACCUCUUUGGAGGAAAAUCUGAAGGAGACAGAGGUUUUGCUGCAACUCAGAAAUUCAGCAGAAACAGACGGAUCAGGAGAGGAUGAAAGCAACAAAAGUCCAGAAAAGGCAGAACAGCUUCAGUGUCUGGAUACCACCGAGGCCAAGCUGAAGGAGCUGCAGAGGCAGCUUGAACAAUCGGAGGUGGCCUGCAGGCAGCUCGAGCAUCAGAACACGAAGCUGAAGGAAAAAGGGGAAAUGUAUCUACGAAAAGCUGCCAUGGCAGAGGCUGACAUCAGGAGGUUGACUGAGGAGAAACGGGAAGAAGCAGAUGGGAACUGGAGUGUCCCUGGUGAAGAAAAGUUCCAGCAAGUGAUGGAAGGAGCAGCAACAAGGCUAGAAGUUUUAAGGAAACUACUGGAUCUCAUGGACAAUUUGGACUUUCCCGAAGAAACUGAGGAAGAGGAGGAGAGUGCUGCUGUGGUGGGUCAGCUGAGGUGGGAGGAAACAUUUUGGAAAUCUCUCCUCAACGAAAUGAAGAAGGAUCUGUCUCAGCAGAGGGACCCAUCAGGAGAGCUUCUCUGUGAGGUGAUGGAAGGUUUGAUUUUGGAGAAACAGAUGGUGCUGGCAGGCCAUGAGCUGCUUCUUCAUGAGGAAAUGAGGAGAUGUGAGAGCAAAGCUUUGAAGGAUGUAGACUUUAGAUGGGAACCUGAAAGUUCUUUAGCAUCAGAAACCAGAGGAGAGGAGGACAACUGUAGAUUUGGUAUUAAUGAUCAGCUGAAGAAUCUGAAAGCUGUCACACAGACCAAAAUAUCUUCACUAAACCUUCUCGCCUCCUCCGUCAGCAGCUCUGCACUCGACGGACUGCUGCCGGCUGCAGAAAGACUCAGUGGUUUUUACUUCUCACACCAUCCUGCGUCCGCUUCAUUCAUUCGCUCUGCAGCCACUGAAGCGUUCUGCUGCUGCCUUUUAAGCAGGCGUCAGGCAAAAUACGACAGAAGAGUCUGUUCCAACUGUGUCGGCCUCCAACAGGAAGACGAAGCGCUAAAAACAAGACUGUCAGCACUGGAAGAACCGUCUACCCCAGAUGGGGCCAAGAUGAGUAGAGGUUGCCAGACCAAUGAAAGAUCCCACCAGUUCACAGACACAGAGCUGCAGAGGUCAGGAGGGGGUGAUGCAGAGGAAACGCUUGACAUGCAGCUGAGUGAGAAGGACAUACCCCCAACAAGACUGCAGAAGAUCUCAGAUAAAGGUUUAGAAGAAAGUGAUGAGAAGGAUUCAGACUUGGUGACGCAGCAAAUCUCCAGUCUCCAAACAAAAGUAGAAGAACUGAAGGAGCAGCUGCGUGUUUCAGGAGACGAGCUGAAAGAGGAUUUCGACCAGAAGAUGAGAUGUGUGCAGGAGCAGCAUGAGCGGGAGAUAGCAAAGCUGAAGGCCACAUGUGAGCAUGGCCUCGUCGCCAUGGAGGACUGUCAUCUCAGAGUUGUGGAGGAGCUGCAGCGUCUUCAGCAGCAGGAGGUGGAGCGCCUCCUGUUGGAGAGAGAGAGACUGCUGGAGGAGGAGAGCGCUGCCACUGCCACCGCAAUCGAAGCCAUCAAGAACGCUCACCGUGAGGAGCUGCAGAAGGAGAUCCAGAGGAGAAGACAGUCUGAGAGCUCCAAUGGAGAUGCACAGCUGGAGGAUAUCCUCAAGGAGCACAGGGAGGAGCUGGCCUCCUUCCAGCGGGAGCUCGACGUUUUGUCCCAGCAGUUCUCCCUGAAGUGUCUGGAGAACGGGCAUCUGGUCCAGGCUCUGGACGCGGAGAGGAAGGCCUUGUGUCAGUGUCAGCAGGAGAACCAGGACCUGAGGAGCAGGAACCAGGAGCUGAGUGGUCACCUGGCAGCAGAGAUCACCAGACUGUGUUCUCUGGCCAAACAGGACCAGCUGCCGCUGGGUCAGAAGAUGGACCUGUAUGAGAUGGAGAUUACAUUGCGAGUGAAGCAGUCUGAGGUUCAGUGUCUGAAGCAGGAGGUCGCAUCUCUGAAGGAUGACCUGCAGACGGCAGUAAAGGACAAGAGGAAUGCAGCAAAGAAGUACAAGGAUGUUCACACUGAGCUGAGCAUCAUCAGAGCGAAAGCAGAGCAAGAGGCAGACGAGCUUAGGGAGAACCUGAGGCUGGCUCAUCAGGCGCUGGGAGAAACUUCACCCUGAACUUCAGUUGUUUUCUCACUUCUUCUCUUUGUCUUUAACACCUUCUUGCUAAAGUAGAUCUUAAUUUCUGUGUAAUAUUUCAUAGGAGCAGGCUUUUUUGUUUACCUGGCACAAUGAUUUUGAUUUCUUUAAAGUAACUAAAUGUUUUAAAUUAAACUCAUUUACUUUCAGAUAAUGAAACACUUUAUUUUUAUUAAUGUAAGUCCUUUUUUUAAUAAAUGCAGCUUGCUCAAUAAA